GGCUCCACCUCUGCCCCCUCCCCCCGUGGCGGUUAUAAAAGUGCGUGCAUGAGACACUGAUGGGACUUCACUCACAGAGAUCUCAUUAUAGGCGCACUGUGAGGACCAUCCGGGACGCAACUUUCUUUUUCCAAACAGGAAAACAAGCUAAACGACAAAAUGCGCGAAUGUAUCUCCAUCCAUGUCGGCCAAGCCGGUGUCCAAAUGGGCAAUACCUGCUGGGAACUGUACUGCCUGGAGCACGGCAUCCAACCGGACGGCCACAUGCCCACCGCCAAGCCCGCAGGAGGCUACGACGAUUCCUUCACGACCUUCUUCAGUGAGACCGGCACUGGGAAGUAUGUGCCCCGGGCGAUCUUUGUCGACCUGGAACCUACGGUCAUCGAUGAGGUCCGCACGGGGACAUAUCGUCAACUCUUCCACCCGGAACAGCUCAUCUCCGGAAAGGAGGAUGCCGCCAACAACUACGCACGGGGUCACUACACUGUUGGGAAGGAGCACAUUGACUCUGUGCUCAACAGGAUCCGCAAACUGUCUGACCAGUGCACCGGUCUCCAAGGGUUCCUGGUCUUCCACUCCUUUGGAGGAGGAACCGGUUCCGGUUUCACGUCUCUUCUGAUGGAGCGUCUCUCUGUUGACUUUGGCAAAAAGUCCAAACUGGAGUUCGCUAUCUAUCCGGCUCCUCAGGUGUCCACCGCCGUUGUGGAGCCUUACAACUCCAUCCUGACCACGCACACCACCCUGGAGCACUCCGACUGCGCCUUCAUGGUGGACAACGAGGCCAUCUAUGAUAUAUGCCGCAGGAACCUGGACAUCGAGCGUCCGUCGUACACCAACCUGAACCGACUCAUAAGUCAAAUUGUCUCUUCGAUCACCGCGUCGCUGCGUUUCGACGGUGCCUUGAACGUGGACUUGACGGAGUUCCAAACCAACUUGGUGCCCUACCCGCGUAUCCACUUCCCCCUGGCGACAUACGCGCCCGUUAUCUCGGCGGAGAAAGCGUACCAUGAGCAGCUCACCGUUGCCGAGAUCACCAACGCUUGCUUCGAGCCGGCUAAUCAGAUGGUGAAAUGCGACCCUCGCCACGGCAAGUACAUGGCGUGCUGUCUCCUGUACCGCGGCGACGUUGUGCCCAAAGACGUCAACGUCGCCAUCAGCAACAUCAAAACAAAACGCUCCAUUCAGUUUGUGGACUGGUGUCCCACUGGCUUCAAGGUGGGAAUCAACUACCAGCCGCCCACUGUGGUUCCCGGUGGAGACCUGGCCAAGGUCCAGAGGGCCGUGUGCAUGCUGAGCAACACCACCGCCAUCGCUGAAGCCUGGGCCCGACUGGACCACAAAUUUGACCUGAUGUACGCCAAGAGGGCGUUUGUGCACUGGUACGUCGGGGAAGGCAUGGAGGAAGGGGAGUUCUCCGAGGCCAGAGAAGACAUGGCCGCCUUGGAGAAGGACUACGAAGAAGUGGGCGUCGACUCAUUGGAGGAUGACGAAGAGGGGGAGGAGUAUUAGAACAGGAAAUAGAGCAUGUUGUGGACUGGGCAGCUUCGUUACGUUCGUUACGUUGGACCUGUUUAUGUGUACUUCCUGUCCCGCUUUUGUCGACAUCACAUUUGAGAACCUAAGGGUUCAUUCCCAUGAAAAAAAGUCAAUUAACGCCUUUAUUUUCGAAAAAAGUAAAGGCUGUCAAAUUACACAACAUUAAGUUAAAUGUGCACAGUCACUUCCUGUUCAGUGCCAAGUAAUUCAAACAACAAAAUGUACCCAUUUCAGUUUUUAUUAACGGUUAGCCAGAUUUGCACAUGUACAAACUCAAUUUACUUGGGGGCCACUGGGGCUCGGGUCUGGGUGAGACUGGGUCGCAUCAGGUUUUCCAAAAAAAAAAACAAAAAAAAAACCCAUUUAUUAAAAACAAAAAAAAUUAAAAAACUUUGCUUUGGUUCCCAUUUUCUACAAGAAAAGCUCUGAUAAAACAUUCCACUGUUCUCAAAUAUCUUACUUUUUAUUUUUCUACACAAAAUAAGAUGAAAAAUAAAUAAACAAAUCAAGAAUAAAGAAAAUCAAUCAGUAAUAAAUAAAUAUAAUAAUAAUAAUAAAACGGCAAAUAAUAAAAACUUAAGAAACCACAUAUAGUUGGUGGGUAGACAAAUGAUUUUUUUCAUAUUAAAAUGAACAAAGCAUUAUUAGAGCCCUGUAGACAUGACAAAACACGACUAUAGUCACAUUUAUACUUUUUAUUUACAACAUAUUGCGCAACUGCAGGGUCUUGAGACACAUGCUAACUCGCAAACUAGAGAGCUAGCGACCUAAACGGUAGCCUUCAAGUUAUUUCCUUUCAACUUAAAUAGCCAAAAACUUACCACUUCCACACGGAUAGGGAGGAUAACUAUUAACAGUUAUUUAACCUUUAACAUGAACAUUAAUCAAACGUAAUAAUUAUUUUCUGGGAACAUGAUACCAUACAGCAUCCAUAUCAAACUUGCGGGGGCCUCAAACUAGUGUCCUGCGGGCCACAUUUGGCCCGCGGGCCCGCGUGUUUGAGACCCCUGCUUUAUUGUAACCAAACAAUGAAACGACUGUUAGAUAAGUGUACAAAAACAUCAUAUGAUGUCAAUUAACUUUAUGAUCAUCUGUUCUCGUUAUUGGUCAGGCCUAAGUCACAAGUAAAAUACGCAAGCAAAAUGGCUGCUUUCCACGUGAGUCAAUAAGUGCGAGGGGGCGUCGACAUAAACAGGUUCUGCUGCAUGGAAAAAUGUGUAAGAGCUCCUUCACAUCAUGUUUGCUUUUCUUGAGCUUGACUCUCAUUGGAAGGUCGGAAUUAUGUUUGUGCCUUCUUUUUCAAAUAAACGUGUUGACAAUCA